AUGGAUUCACAAUCUCGAAUUGCGCAAGAAAAACUUGCCGGGCUUGAGAAAGCUUCUGCGCCGUUUGAGGAACAGAUUCGAGAAGCGGGAAAAUUCGUUGAUAUUGAUUUAGAUAAGGUCGCUACCGUCUUGGAUUAUCAGAAACAUGAAGAAAAAAUCUUUAAGAAGAAAUGUGCUGCCGGUUCGUUCCAUGGGAGAGAGGAAUGGCUUUUGCGAUGGCUGUUGAAGAAACUGCAGUCUUCGAAGGACAAAACUCCCAGAAUUACACCAUCAUCAUGGCACCUCUUCCGUCUAUUGUUGAAUGCAAUCCCACUGGCGAAUACCGCACGCAUGCUCACCGAAAAGAAGUUUAUGGCAACCCUGCAACAGACAUUACAAGAAGCACAAGAGAUCAGCGACGUCGACGAUUCUGGCGCGGAGGCCCACGAUGAUUCAAUAUCGGGAUCCGAUUCGGGAGAAACCUCGAUUGUCUCGAAGAAGCGCAAACGGACUGGGGAAUUGAUUACACAUACGUACCAUGGUCCAGCCAAAGGGCUAAGAGCCUUAGUCAUGGCGAUCUAUACUGCCAUCCAUAGUAUCGUUCGUUCUACCAAAGUUUCCUUCUCGCAAAGAACCUUGGGCAAUGGUAGAAGUACAGCAUUCACUACGGAGUAUAUGCGAGCUGUCGUACGAACCACGCCCGAAGCGUCCGCAAUAGUUCUAGGAUCCUGGAUGUCUCUUUGCCAAAUGGUUCUAGGCCAAGAAGCUGGCACAGUUAUAUCAUCCGAAUUGCUAUAUCCCUUCAUCGACAUCUGGGACUACCGUGUGGUAGGGAGCGAAGAUCUUAUGCAGUUUUCUCUUCAUUGUUCAGAACCUUUGCUGGCAUUACUGAAAAGGACCAAGGCAGAUUCAGCCACACAAGACUGGAAAGCCAGUUUGGAGAAAGUGAUUGCUCGCAACAUCAUUAUUCCUUCCAAAGCAAAUGCUGGAGAGAAGCAAGAUUCCACACUUUUGCAAACCUUGACGAGAGUGUUAGUUUUGCAGGAUGUCGCAAAUGCCCCUAUUCUUUUCGAUGUUGCAAUUCGAUCUUUGCAACCUCAUGGAGGCCGUCGAAGACGUCCAUCAGACAACGCAUGGCUUCAGACAGUAUUCACUGCACUGAAGGCUGCCAUGCCUCCAAAUAAAACGACGGCGCAUAAUCUUGCCAUUCGAGAAAUACUUCAGAGCUCCAUUCAACACGAAGUGGAUCUUGGUCUCCCUGAAUUGCAGAGUUUGACGGCGGAGUAUAUCAUAUCUGAGGGAAGCACCGAUUGGAGACUUCUGGAAACCAUGAUGAAACUUGAUGCCAAUGUCUUCCUCAUUCCUGUUAACGGCAGGGAUUUACUGAAGGACGUAUUGGAAAGAAUUACCACCAUCUAUUUCGACGAAUCCUGGCCCGAACAAUCUCGUCAUAUUGUAUCUGAGAUUGUCAUUCCUUUGAUGAAUGAGUUUGCAAAAGCUCGUGAUCUAUCGGGAUUUGUGCACCAUUGGUACGCUCAGCUUGUCAAGUUUAAGCAAGAUCGAAAGGACGAUGCAAUGUUCCCGGCAAAUGCAUUCUGUGCUUGGGAGGAUGAAGCAUUACAGAUUGAACUUCCCAAGAUUCUGGAAAAUUCAUUGACCGUUCAGCAAAUAGUGCAGUUGGUUGACUGGCUAGCCAUCGAAACUGCAAAUCAACCGGAAGCUGCUGUUACCAUUCUUGAAGCUAUCGCGAAUUCAAUUGCAAGGGAAGAUGUUGUAGAUAUCAUCGGAACACGUCUAUACCAUAUCAUGUUUGAUAACGGGAGCUUCAGCAAAUUGGAUGACAGAUAUAGCUGGCGAGCCUGGAGAGUUCUGACUAGAUCCUUCCAGUGGAUGCAGCCUCUUCAUUUAGAUGAAAUUGCCGAGCUAUGGGAGCAGAAAGCUAGCCCCUUUAGCCUAUUAGAUUCCCAAACGUUCAGUCACAAGGGGUUGGAUAAUCUGGAAAUCUUCCGAUGCGCAUGUUCAGCAUGGAAUUCGGCCGAAAAAGGGACGAAGUUGGAGAGUCUUGCAUCACCAGUAGUUUUACGUUGUCUUCAACAUCUAGGUCCUUCUAUUGGGGCUUUGAUUGAUCAGAAGGGGACAGGCGUUGAAAAAUGGCCUGUUCAACUUAACACAUUAUCACGAGUACCUCAAUGGACUGCAUGGUCAUUUUAUAAUUGUCUAUUUGAAGAAUAUCCCCGCGUCCUCGAACUAGGAACAAUAUUACAGGACAGUACGUUUGAGUUACUAUUAAAAAACAUCCUCUGGAUAGCGUCUUGUACUACAAACACUCUGGUCGAUAGUGGGUUAAACCACGAAGCAUUUGCCGCUUUGUGGGCUGGAGUUUUGCGUCAAGAUUGUGUACUCAAUAACUCUAGUGUCAUAAGCCGAUUUAUUGAUGUUCUGUUGAACUGCCAGUCUCAAGAAGAAAAUCCUCUUCUUACUGCCCCUACAUGCAAUCAGGCAGUCAUCGAAUCUUUGACGCAACUACCCCUCGAGGUGUUCACUAAGAAGGAAAGAGAGCGUAUCAUGCAGAGCUGGUCAAUAGAAGUUUUAGCACAGUCCCCCGAGUGUUACUCUGCCGUGCUGGCACUGAAAUUGAAGAUCAUGCAUCGCCCUACAUUCUACAAUGGCAUGAAAUACAAGGAUUUCGAAGAAAUUGAGAAGUUGAUCAAGAAAGUCGGGUUCGAAGAAAUGCCUAGACGUUUGGAAACUCUUACAGUUCUAAGAGAGCUUGUUAAGCUGACUUUGUCACAUAUUACCAGCAACUUGGAUCAGUCUCAAAAUCGCGCCUACAUCUUAGACGCCAUAAGUUAUCUCCAAGAUAAGCUAUCCAAGUUUACCAACGACGAGAAAAAGUCUAAAGGCGAGAAGACUUUACCUUUCAUUUCCACGUCACACUCAUUACUUACCGUUCUUGUCGCGAAAUCGAAACAACUUAAUGAUCUAGCUUUCAUUAGUAGCCAAGAUCUUACAACCCUUUGCAAAUCCUUCAAGCAGUUUCUUCUCAUUCAAUUGCAACAUCGACUAGAGAAGAAACCCAAGAGGGACGAGGUUGGACGUCAUAGGGAUGGAUCAUUAUCAGUCGUUGUCAUUCUUCAGGCUCUUGAAUCCGUUGACGUGGAUUCAUCACAGCUUGAAGCUCUCGCCGCAGAAGGUCAGGCAUACAUUACGAAGUUGAAUGAAGGGAAGCCAGAAGUGGAUGGUGUACGCCAGCUUUUGCCCGAGUUUUUCGCUGCUUAUGCAUCAAGCGAUGAAAAUGGAAUCCUUCAUACCGCUUUGGAGGCUUUCAUUAGUACAACUGCUGGUAGAGCCGGCAUAAAGAAAAAGAUGGAAACAAUAACUUCUGGAAUGGGCAAUUCUGAAAAGUUACAACUGGUACAACAAUUAUUCGGCGAUAAGUUGGUUGGCUUGACCCAACUGGAGAAGUUGGUAGCUGUCAAAUAUGUUAUUGGAGCCUGUGAUAAUGUUGGAUACGAGCCUACUGAUGCAAACACGAACCCAAAAUCAAUGAAUCUCGGUCUAGCAUACGACUUAUUUUGCACUCAAAUCAUUAAAACGCGUUCAUACCGACGUCGUGCCCUCUCACAAUGGUCUGUUGAUCGUACUCUUGCCAUAAUUGCCAUAAUAUGCUCUACCAAAGGACCUUCUCUCCCCACCACUCAGGCUAGCAAUAUCUUUAUUCGUCUCUGCACAUUGAUGAAGGUCGUUCUUACCAAUCACCGAUUUCGUCUCGAGGGGCAUCUCCAUUGCGCCAUUCAAGUUCUGCAGCCUCUCCUUCGCUGCCUAUUUACAGCCCACUCACACACUUCUAAAAGGCUUCUUCAGGCUUUCCCCGCACCUCCGUGGCUCCCAAACUUCCAUACGCCCACUACGGCAAGUUCAUCACACUCGCUAUCACCAAUCGCCGCUGAGUCUUUCACCCGUCUUCUCACUCUACUAUGCGAUCCUACGCCUAAUUCUAUAUCUCAUUCAUCCAUGAAUAACCUUACAUCCGCCGUAGCCAAAGCCAAAAAAAUUGCUGGCCAACACAUGCACAUCAUACUUCAGACAUACAUAAGAUUUAACCUCGAAAUGACAAUGAGGCCAGAAGUCAGACCUGCUAUGACACCUGGGUUGUAUGCAAUUUUCGGAUGCACUGAUAUGGAAGGGCGAAAGGCUGUGGUUGACGGUUUGGAUGCUAGCGCUAGGGCAGUUUGGGGCACUUUGUAUAGAGAUUGGGUUCGAUUUGGAAGAUGGAAGGGUGCUUGA